AUGUCACGAAACCACACCUCAAACAAAACCCCGAGCCGCCAUGCAACCCUCCCCUCGCUUGACCCUCAGCCGACCAAUCGAAACCUCCCCGCCCUCCGCUUGAGCUUCGGCGAAUUGUUGCACAGACGUAGCCAAGUGCCUGAGAGUCUCCUCGCCGACGAAAAAUGGGCUGAUUCGAGUGAGAGAAUGCCCAAGCCUGUGUCCCACCGCGGACUGAGAGCUCGCAAUAGUGGACCUGUCAUUGCCGUCAGUCCUGUCAAUGUGCCAGCGGCUUGCUGGAGAUGGUCGCGCUGGGCUCACAGCUUCCCUGGCACCCGCUGGGAUGUGACCCUGAAGCGGCCGUCUGGGCCAUGGGAGCGAGGCACUGAUGUUUCGACCAUGGGAGUCGGCAGUGGCGCCGGUGCCUUUGCCCUAAUCUUGAGACGAGAAUGGUUGGGGGUUACUACUUCUCGUACGAGUCUUUCUUAG